CACAUCAAGGCAACGCAGCAGAUGUUGGGCGGACCAGCACCGAUGUAUCGUGUCUUCACUAGUGCUAGAAACCUCAUCACGGACCGCCGGUGCAAGGUGAUGUAAGCCUGGAGUUGCGGAACAGCCAAGCAGCAGUCGCUCCCUUGACGAUGGUGUGCCAUCUGUGAAACGACUGGGACGUCAGCAGAAGAAACGAGUGAGCUGCGACCAAUCACGGAGUGCGACAAGACGCAAGACGGCUGCUGCCAGCAAUCGAACGCGGACCCCUCGCCAGGCUGGAGAUGUAUGUGACGUGAAGCGGCCGCAUCCUGUCCGCCUCCUCAGGUGACACAAAGCCAUCGAGAUGACGUGCUGCAACGGGCACGCGGGCGGCACGCAGCGCUGCUACCGCACCUGCUGCGGUGCCACCAAGCCCGCCGCCGCCUUCCUCCCUGCCUCCGCCACCCCCGCCGCCGCCAACGUGGACGCAGAGUCCGCCACCAAGCCGAGGCCCGCCGCCUACCGCUGGAGGCAACACGUCGCCGCCGUGCUCGCGACGACGAGCACGCUGUCGGUGGGCUACGUGGACGGCUGGUCGAGCAACGCGCUGCCCUUCCUGCAGUCGGGCAACGCGACGGCGGCGGCCGCGGCCGUGGGCGACUCCGCGGCAGCGCCGGCGCCGCUGGACGCGUACGUGUCGCGGCCGCUGACGGACGACGAGGCCUCCUGGCUGGGCUCCCUGGUAGCGCUGGGCGCUAUGGCGGGCUCGCUGCCCGCGGGGCUGGUGGCCGACGCGCUGGGCCGCAAGCCGACGCUGCUGCUGCUCGUGCUGCCCUACCUCGCCUCCUGGGGCGCCGUGCUCGCCGCCGGCAGAUCCGUGGCGCUGCUGUACACGGGCCGGCUGCUGGCCGGCUUCGCCAUGGGAGCCGCCUGCGUCGUGUCGCCGCUCUACAACGAGGAGAUCUCCGAGGUGGUGAUCCGCGGAGCCCUGGGAGUCUACCAGAACCUCAUGGUCACCGCCGGCGUCCUGCUGGCCUACGUCUCGGGCGCCCUGCUGCCCUACAAGGGCACCAUAUUCAUGGGGUGCGUGCCGCCGCUGCUGCUGCUGACGCUGUUCGUGUGGGCGCCCGAGUCGCCGGUGCUGCUGGUGGCCAAGGGCAAGGAGCUGCAGGCGCGCCGGGCGCUGCAGUGGCUGCGCGGCCCGCACGCCGACGUGGACGGCGAGGUGGCCAAGAUCAAGGAGCUGGUGGCGGAAUCGGCCUCGCGGGACGGCCACCAGGGGUCUCUGCUGUCGUCGGCCAAGGCGCUGCUGCGGCGCAUGGCGGAGGCCCGCCGCGACGUGCGCGCCCUCGCCAUCGUCUUCGGCCUGAUGUGCUUCCGCCAGGUGAUCGGCAUCAACGCCGUCGUCUUCUACACCGUCGACAUCUUCGCCGUCGCCGACGCCGACCUGUCGCCCUCUGCCGAGACCAUCAUCGUCGGCAUGGUGCAGAUGGUGUCGACGUGCGCGUCGUCGCGGCUGGCGGACCGCGCGGGCCGUCGCACGCUGCUGCUGGUGUCGGCGGUUGGCACUGCCGCCUGCCACGCCGUGCUCACCGCCUUCUUCGCGCUGCACCGCUCUCUCGACUACGACGUGUCGGCGCUCAGCUGGCUCCCGCUGGUGGCCCUCGCACUCUUCAUGGUGCUCUUCGCGGCCGGCUUCGGCCCGCUGCCCUGGCUCAUGAUCGCCGAGCUGCUGCCCUCCCAGCACAAGCGCUGGGCCGCGGGGGUGGCGGGCCUGCUGAACUGGGUGAUGAUGUUCACGGUGACGCGCUCCUUCGGGCUGAUGCUGUCCCGCGUGGGCGCCGCCGCCUGCUUCGGCGGCUUCCUGGCGUCCUCGCUCACCGCCGCCGCCUUCGUCUUCCUCCUGGUGCCCGAGACGGCGGGCAAGACGCUGCAGGAGAUCCAGGCGGACCUGCGCGCCGGCCGCCCCCGCGGCUCCGCUCCCGCGCCGCCCGUCUCCGAGGAGCUGCCGCUGCCGCAGCUGGUCGCCGGCUCCACCUCCGCGGCCUCCAAGGCGGUCGCCGUCGACUUCUUCCCCGCGGGCAGCUUCCGCUUCCUGUCCCCCGGCGAGAUACACAUCUGACGCUCUGCAGCCCAAACGCGCAGCACGUCUCAGCUACCGCGACUGUGUGAUAUUCUCGACACCCGCCCUACAAAUGUGUACCCACUGUAGGCCGUCAACAAUCAAACAAAACUGCUUCAAACACAAUAACGGUAGUGUGGUGUGCGUACUGUAAGACCUUUGGUACACACACCAUCAGAUUAUUUGACUUGUCGCUCUAACGAAGUAGGCGAGUGUCAGCAAUAUGUCUCGUGGUCUUAUCGUGAGGUGUUUAUCUUCUGCCUUUAGGUCAGACAAUAGAAAUGCCACUUGCACGCAUAGAAUAGCAGACAGACGGUGACCAAAACUGACAAUAUGAAGUUCCUUUGGUCUUGGCACGUUAAUCUUAUUCUCACAUAUCUCUGACACUUGACAAAGUGUCUGUACAUUUCUCUUCAUGGCUAUGUACAGGAAUAUGAUAAUAUUAUUAGGCACACACUGAAACUUGACUAUAGACUGGUACAGACAAAUGCAGACUGCUAAAGACUAAUGCAGACUGACUAAUCGGAGGUCAGUACACUCGUUAUAAUAUGUCGCGCAUUCAGGUACCACUGCGCGAGUGUGAUCCGCGAUGAGAAAAGGCUCUACUUUAGCAGCGAUCUCAUUGGCUGCGUUAUAUACUAAUACGAGGAUCGGCGGAAGCAGAAUUUGGUCUGUCUCUAAGGUAGCGCCAUCUCUUAGUGAGGAGACGGACGACCACUGCGCCUGCGCUGUUUUGCUUAGCGGGGCGCGCUCUAGUGAGAAAGUUGUGCACGCGCUGACUACUAUGUACAUAACAGGUAGCUAUAUUUGGAUUAAAAUAAUUUUGUAAUUGAAAUUUCUGUGAGUCGAGUGGUAGGCGCCAGGUGUGGACUAAUCGCAGCUCCUCCUCGCGCUCCACGUGUUCACUGGAGCCUUUCUGCAAGCACGAACACCGCUGUCUCGUGGGGCGACACAGGCAGAGACGGCACGAUGCCUUGAGCGUGUCAGUCACAACGUUAUUUGCUGCAUCAGAUCGGAGUUAAGACUCGAGCUUUCGAAAAUUAUCAUUAUGUACUUUGUCACAUGACUGACUGCAGGGUGGGAAGAGGAAGUCGUGGAGUUUAGUUGUCAUCUAAUCACAGCUGUCCAUCGGGCACCACGUGAUUGCCGUGUUGCCUAUUCUGUAGGUGUUGGCAGGCAACGCAAGGACCGAGAGUAGAGUGUGAUUCCAUGAGCAAGUGUCAUGUUGCAUAUGACAUGGCAAUUACGCUCUACACCACAGACAUCUGCCAGUCGCAGCUAUUGACCAUGUGCAUUCGGUGUUGAAACUCGGGUUCCGAAGAUUAAUAUCCUCUUCUUCCUCAUGAGAUGACUAUCUGCCAGGAGCGAAGUCUGCUUUCCUUUGUAGUGGCGUUUAAACUUGUCACUGGUUAGGCAAUUCUAACUUCUAGUCUGAAGUUGUUUCAAUCGAAGUGUAACGAAAGCAGUCGACAAGAACAAAACCUUCAGUGUGUCAUUUACAUAGAACAUAUCCCCUGAAAUAAUACACAUAUGUGCUAUUAUCCAGAAGUUUAAGAAAUACAUUAAUUUAAAGUAUAAUGUAGCACUUGCAGCUUAUUUUGCACCAUUACCUUCAAAAUAGUGCCCACGGAAGGCAAUACACUGGCACCAACUUUUCUGCCCCUUUUCAAACGCGCCCAGGUGGUGUUUCUUCAUUGGGCUGUUUGGUAUCCUUCGCGAUUCCGCUUACAUCUCCUCCACUGUACCAGUCCUUUGACUCUCUUCAUUUUGAGGGAAAGGAAGGAGUCACGAAACGGUACUAAUUCUGGCGGGUACGGCGCUUGAGGAAAAAAUUUCGUCUUGUUUGGAGUAAAAUAUUCCAGAAUGAUGUAGGCUGCAUUGGAUGGUACGUUAUCACGGCGGAGUACUCCGUCGUUCGUAGGACACUUCUGCUGACGUUUCUCGUUAUACCCUCCCUCAGACUUGCGAACAUCGCUAUGGAACUCCUUAUUGACAGUCAGGGCAGGAGAGACAAACUCGUUAUGAACAAUACCGUCUAUGUAUUUUUAAAAUAACUGACCAACAAAGACUUAAUGCUACUCUUGCCUUGUCCUCCCACUAGGGCGACUGUUGCUUAAUUUCACGAUCAUGGACAGAAACCCAACUUCCGAGGCUUUGAAAACUAUGAAAAGAGACUUUGGGUCAUCUUGGAGGAAUUACAUGACUUCCUUGAGGACUUCAACGCAGUUUUGUUUUUUAUCGUCUUGAAGCAGUAGUGUCACAAACUUCGCCGCAAUCCAUCGCAUGUUCAGUUCUUCAGUCAGAAUACGUUAAGAUUUGCCAUCACUUACCCCCAAGGUGUUGCAGCGGUCUCGAACGGUCUAGCGAAAACUGUUGCAUAAACGCACUAGAUGUUGAAGCAAGAUUUUGGACGCAAACCCUGAUGUCAUACACAUAGUUAUAGCUGGUACAAGCGCUGAAAUAAUGUUUAGAAAGUGAUUUAUCUGAUUCAGCAUCUUUAAAACAAAGCUCUAAACAUGCUGCUGUUUCAGAUUAAACAUCGAAGAGUCACAGACUCACAGGUAGACGUUAAUGGAAAUGCGCUCAUCGGCAGCUAAUCGAACUACGUGACUCACAGCCAUUUGCCUCGCCAAUUCAACAAGGAUUUGUGGGGAGACACCUAACAGUAUUUCUUUUCACUUUUGAUCGUCUAGGUGCAGAGUUCAAAUUUCGGAAACUUUAGAUACCACUUCAUAGAUGUUUCUAAGCACACAGUGAAGGAGAUACAGUCUCGAAUUCACUGUGUCUUCCACAACACAUCCUACGUUUGGCGGAACAGGAUUCUGAAUUGCAAAAAAGACACCCAGUGUUGGAUCAAGUAACGUUUAGUGCUUUUUUUAAGUCAAGAUACUACAAGAGAGUCAUUUGUGGCUGAACUGUUCUUUAUCUCAUACCUGAAGAGUCAGUUAAACUCUUCACAUCCAGAAACAAGUGUGAAAAAACUAUUACAUGAGAUUUUAUGUGAGUUAAAACCAUGUAUAUGAAAAGUGUCGUGACCAAAAAGUGUGACUAAUAAAAUGAGAAUAAUGCUGAAGAACAUUCCACAGACAGAUUGGAGACAUUUCAGAAUAACUGUAAUGGACUAAGUGUGUUAUAUUGUCGUUCUAUUAUUAUGUGAGAAUUAAUUGCUCUGUCAAGAAUGUAAGAGACAUUUCUGUAUUUCUGUAUUUCCUUGCCCAAAUACUGUUUUAUGAAGACUAAAAUGUGAUUUUAAGAUUUUAUAAUAAUCUUAUCACAAUAAUGAUUUUAGUGCAAAAUGUUGCCUACAAUAAAUAUGGGAGGUAAUAUAGUUUUCCCGAAACAAGCUUUACCAUUUUGAAAGAAAUUCAGCACUUGAUGUAAGUAUUGUUCCAUUUGUGAAUGUUUUAUAUAAGUGGGACAAGGACAAGCAUAUAUCCAUAUUAGUUGUUCAUGUACUAUAAAAUUCGAAGUCACCUUAACACUACAGAUACCAGUACUUCAAAAAAUAACAUUUUUCUAUAGUUGAGUAAAUUUAUACUGAAGUAUGCAGUUCAUUUUUGUUACUGAAUUUGUGCUACAUUAAAGACAUAUCAUCAGUUUUAA